AGAGUUGAUUGACAGCAUGAGAAAAUUGGGGCUGUCCAACCUUUUUGUCACUGAAAUAAAAGAAGCUCUUGAAACCGUUGCAUCCACCAACGGUGGCGUUUUCAACGUGGAAGAUCGGCUCUAUGCCAGUGCAUUUCGGUUUAGACUCCUCAGACAGCAUGACCACGUCGUUUCACAAGAUGAAUUAAGGAUGUUCAAGGAAGGAAGGAACACAUUGAACGGAAGCAACUGCGAAGAUGUUGAAGAUAUGAUAGAGCUUCUUGAGGCUUCACAUCUGGCUUUGGAAGGCGAAAACAUUUUGGAUGAAGCGAAAGCCUUCUCAACUGGGAAUGUCCGAGAGAGAGUCUCCGGUUUGGAUGGUCAGCUCUUGAAACGUGCCGUCCAUGCUUUGGAGCUUCCGAUGCACUGGAGGGUCCGGUGGUUCGACAUCAAAUGGCAAAUUGGCUUGUAUGAGCAACAGGAGGACAAGCAAAGUAAUCUGCUUGAGCUUGCAAAACUCAAUUUCAACACGGUCCAAGCCACACACCAAAGAGACCUUAGAGAUAUAUCCAGGUGGUGGAGGGAUCUGGGACUUAUCGAACAUGUUAACUUCGCGAGGGAUCGGCUGGUCGAAAGUUUCUUGUGUGCCCUUGGACUCUCUCAGGGAUCACGGUUCAGCUCUCUCCGAAAAUCUCUUACCAAGGUCAUCAUCUUGAUACUAGUGAUCGGCGAUAUCUAUGACCUAUAUGGUUCGUUGGAGGAGCUAGAAUGCUUCACCGGUGCCAUUACGAGGUUGGCCACCAUGCCUCCCAAUCUCUACCUUUCGUGUUUGUUCAGCUCAUUUUCUCUAAUUGGAAAGUCCAAUGCUUCUAGAUGGGAUUCAGAGCAGAUUCAACAGCUUCCCGAUUGCAUGAAGGUCUGUUUCCGAGCGCUUCGCGAUGUUACAUACGACAUCGCUUAUGAUAUUGGCAAGGAUGAAGAUUGGCAUCGAGUGCUACCACAUCUCACGAAAGCUUGGGAAGAUUUUUGCAGAGCGUUACUUAAUGAAGCAAAGUGGGACAAUAUGGGCUACACUCCAUCUUUGGAAGAGUACUUAAACAAUGCAUGGACAUCAUCUUCUGGACCACUGAUCUUGUCUCAUGCUUGUUACUUCACGGGACAUAUGAAAUUGGACGAUGCAGCAGAUUUGCUACAGAGAAACAAGGAUCUGAUUUACAAUGUGUCCAUGAUAAUUCGACUUUGCAACGACCUAGGAACAUCAACGGCUGAAAGAGACAGAGGAGAUGCUCCAUCCUCAGUGGUGUGUUACAUGCGAGAAGCAAAUGUAUCAGAGGACGUUGCUCGUAAACACAUCAAGGUAUUGAUAAACCAAGCAUGGAAAAGAAUUAAUGCUCGUUGCUUCGGCAAUGCCGAGACGCCAUUUCUCCGACCCUUCAUCAAUGUCACCGUGAACGCUGCUCGUGUUGCGCAUAUGCUUUACCAGUUUGGAGAUGGGUUCGGCGUCCAGCACGGCGACAUUCGGCAGCAAAUUCUAUCUAUUGUGAUCAAGCCUCUCGCUCACGACUGAGAUAUUAGCGCAAGUCUAAUCACAUAGCGGCUGUGUAAGCUAGACUAGCUGCUGCAGGUCCAAAGAUUGAGGGCUAUAGGCAAAUUGUAUCCUAGGCAAAGCAAUAAUUACGUUUGUGUUUCACCCGGAA